AUGGCCGAAAGAACAAGUCAGGAAUGUCUCGAGUAUUUUUGUGAUGCGGUCAUUCAUUUGUACAAGCGGGAGUAUUUGCACAGGGCGACAUCCCAUGACGUCGCCUUGCUGUACAAUGCGCAUGAGGAGCGACAUCAUCUACCAGGUAUGCUCAGUAGCCUUGAUUGUACGCAUGUUGUAUGGAGGAAUUGUCCUAGGGGCGAGAAAGGGCAAUACACGCGAGGGGAUCACAAAGUGCCGACUAUCAUGAUUGAAGCUGUUGCGUCACAAGAUUUGUGGAUUUGGCAUGCGUUUUUUGGUCCUCACGGAUCAAACAAUGACAUUAAUGUGUUGAAUCGGUCACCGUUGUAUGAUACUACCAGAAAUGGAAUGGCUCCAAACACGUCAUUCACUUUACGCGGCCGCUUAUACAGAUGUGGGUAUUUGCUUACUGAUGGAAUAUAUCCUAAGUGGUCUACGUUUGUAAAAGUGUAUCCGCAUCCAGUUGAUCCAAAUGAAGUGAAAUUCAAGCGAGUGCAGGAGGCGUCGAGAAAAGAUGUAGAACGGGCUUUUGGGGUGCUUAAGGGAAAAUGGAAGAUUUUGGACGUCCAAUCCGGUUAA